GAUCCAUCAUGAGUGAGGAGUGGGACUCAAACUUUUCAGAAAACUGGAAUUAUAUUUUGAGUGUCAAUAACACAAAGCCUGAUCUAUACUCAGACAUCAAUAUUACCUAUGUGAACUACUAUCUUCAUCAUGCUCAAGUGGCAGCGGUCUUCAUUAUUUCCUACUUUCUGAUCUUCUUCCUGUGCAUGGUGGGAAAUACAGUGGUCUGCUUCAUUGUAAUGAGGAACAAACAUAUGCACACAAUCACUAAUCUCUUCAUCUUGAACCUGGCCAUAAGCGAUUUGCUAAUUGGCAUAUUCUGUAUGCCUAUCACGCUUCUGGACAACAUUAUAGCAGGAUGGCCAUUUGGAAGCACAAUGUGCAAAAUCAGUGGUCUGGUUCAAGGAAUAUCCGUUGCGGCUUCUGUCUUCACAUUGGUUGCAAUAGCAAUGGAUAGGUUUCGGAGUGUUGUCUACCCUUUUAAACCAAAGCUCUCUAUCAAGACAGCAGUUGUCAUUAUUGUGAUCAUCUGGGUCCUGGCCAUUGCCAUUAUUUCCCCAUCUGCAAUAAUGUUACAUGUACAAGAAGACAAAUAUUACCAGGUGAAACUCAACUCAGAGAAUAAAACCAUGCCAAUCUACUGGUGCCAGGAAGACUGGCCAAAUAAGGAAAUGAGAAAGAUCUACACUACUGUGCUGUUUGCUAAUAUCUACCUGGCUCCCCUGUUCCUCAUUGUCAUCAUGUAUGGGAGGAUUGGAAUUUCACUCUUCAAGAUGCCAGUGCUUCACACAGGCAAGCAGAACCAGAAGCAGUGGCACGUGGUGCCCAAGAAGAAGCAGAAGGUCAUUAAGAUGCUCCUGAUUGUGGCCCUACUUUUUAUUCUCUCCUGGCUGCCCUUGUGGACUCUGAUGAUGCUCUCAGACUACGCUGAGCUGUCUCCAAAUGAACUACAGGUCAUCAACAUCUACAUCUACCCUUUUGCACACUGGCUGGCCUUUUGCAAUAGCAGCAUCAACCCCAUCAUUUAUGGUUUCUUCAAUGAGAACUUUCGCCGUGGUUUUGAAGAUGCUUUUCACCUCAAGUUCUGCCAAAAAAGAGCACAGUCCAAGGAAGCCUUUGCCCUACGAGCUGAAAACAAUGUGGUCAUAAAUACAUCUCACCAGUUAGCCCACGAACCUUCAAUUCAAGACACACAUGAGGAAAAUUUUCUUUAGAAACAGUGUGGAAAACCCCGAACAGAAAUUGAUGGAAGAAUGAGGAGGAGCUACCAAUAGCAAUGAGAUUAUAAAAAGAGCUGGGGUGGUGAUUUCAACUCUACUGUGUUAUAUAUUGAAAUGCUGUCACUAACUAUAGUUUUGUACUUCAGUUGUUUCUAAUAAUGUUCCAAAGAAAACAUGUAGAGAAAGCCCUCUCUGGAAAAAUAAAAGUAAACAAAAAUGGUUUUAUGUUCAUAACCAAUUUUGCAGCAUGUAAAAUAUGUCAAAUGACAAAUAUGUUUGCCUGGAUAAAUCUAUUUUCUAGCAACAUAUUGCAAAGCUUGACCUUUUCAACUUAACUAUUUGUGUAUGAGACAAGCAUGUGCAUUAUGUCUAUUGAUACAUGCACACAUGAAUGCAUAUGUGCAUUAUGUCUAUUGAUACAUGCACACAUGAAUGCAUACACACAGAGUUCCCAUAUGAUGAUAAAUUGGUAGUUUUUUGCAUGAGAGUACAUUUUGUCAAGUCUCCCUUUGCUUUUCUAUUUGAAAUUUUAGAUUAAAAA